GGAGAGCAUCGAGCCGGAAAUUGCUCUGUUGAGAGCAAGUGGGACACUUUCAAUUGGCUUGCACAUCCGUAUGGGUGAUCAUGUUUUGCAUGGGGAUGAUAGCAAUGACCCGGACAUUGGAAGAUACAAGAACUUCUUCAACUGUGCGAAACAAAUUGAGAAUGCUUUGCUCGAGAAAGAGGAAGCUAGUGCGAAGGUGGUUUGGCUGCUUAUUUCUGAUAGCCACGCCCUUAGACAACAUGCCAGCGAGACUUACGGUGCAAAAUUGAUCACGAGACUGAACAGGAAGCUAGAGCACUCUUUUGGGCACCAAUACACCAACACAAAGGCACACGCGUCAAUUGAAGGAUUUCUUGAAGCUGUUGGGGAGCAUUGGUUGUUUGGGCUCACAGAUAAGCAAGUUGUUGACAAGGACAGUGGGUAUGGUCAAUCAGCAGCUUACCGGAGUUUUCGCAAAGGGAGCAUAUUUUUUGUUACCUCGGGCGUUCAAGCUAGUUGCAAAAUCGAAGAUGCAGUCACUAUCAAAACUGUGGGCUACACUAGAGCAGGAGUCAAAUUGAGACAUUCCAAGCAUAGGUAAUACAUCAUGUCAUGAUGCCUGCAGAACUUGUUCAAAUAUUGUACCAAAUAUAUCUGAACAAUCAAGAACUUUCUAAAAUAAAGUAAAUACAGACGCCCUGUUGAGGCCUGGGCCAUGACUGAUGUUUGAGAGACAUGUCGGCCAAGCCGAAGGAAUAUUGACCUUGCCACAAUUCAAUGGAUAAGUCCUGAGGACAUGCCCUCCAAUAGUUGGUGUUAU